CCUAACGUGUGGUGCGCCUCCCCACAAAUACACACAGAAAGUUGGGAGGUGGUGGUAGCUGCUGCGAAGCGUUCUGCAACCAAUAAUAGCUUUCGCAGCAAAAGCAACGAUUCAAAUUCAACCUCCUCAGAUGGCACAUUCUUUCUCGCCAGCCAAACGCGCCCUUGCCUUUGCCCUUCAACGGCGAGGGUACGCAGUGGCGUCUGAUGCUUCUCCUUCGAUGAGAGGGGGAUUGGAUAGCAUUAGUGUAAUGGAGAAGGGUGUGACAAAAAAGAGUUCGGGCCCAUCGGGGACCUCAUCAGCUUGGGCCCCGGACCCAAUCACGGGUUACUACAGGCCCAUCAAUCACACCAAUGAGAUUGACCCGGUGGAGCUUCGAAAGAUGCUGUUGAAACACAAAGUCAGAUCAUCACCAUCCUUCUAGAUGGACAAAGGGGCACCAACACCCACACCUUAUUCCAUCAAAUCAUGUUUAUUUUGUUUUUGUUUUUUUUUUGUGUGUGUGUGUGUGUGGUUUUAUCUAUCUAUCUAUCUUUAUUUUCAUUUUUUUUUUCUGAAUUAUCUAUCAAUAUAUCUCUUCGUAUCUAUCCUUGUCAUACAUGAGCAGUGAACAAAGAAACAAAAUAGAUUUGGUUUUUGUUUUGUGGUUA